CCCAGGUCGUGAGGGUUUUUUUUGUACAGCGUUUGCGCGUCUCACUUGUCUGUUCAUUCGUUCUGAUAAAGGAUUGAGGUUCCUCCUGAAUGUAGUUUGGUAUCUCACAUCUUCAGUCUUCGCUUUUCCUUCCUUCCAUUCUCUUCUUUUCCUUCUUCCAUCUUCUUCACGCUAUUGUGAGCGUAUUACAGAAGCGGGACUUCACAAAACGCGCAGAUUCAAGACUUUCAUUGAACAAUGGCAUUGUGGCUGUUCAGGUGAACAUAGAUAUAUAGACCCGCUUUUUUCCCGCUUUCUACCAAGAUUGACCUUUUUCGACGACGACUCGUUUAAUCAUCUUCAUACGACUUUCUUUCCAAAUUAUCGACAGUUCUUCAACUUGUACGAUACACCAUCCUUUGCAAACGAUUUCGGCAGGCCGUCAUACCCCACACAACAAACACUCGCACAAACACCCACAAUGCAGAGCAUACUGAAGAUGACCCUGGCGGCGCUGGCCGUCGCCCCAGUCACCAUGGGCCACACCUGGAUCGAGCAGCUGCGCAACAUCAACGACAACGGCUCGUACGUCGGCGAGUACGGCUACCCCCGGGGCAUGGUAUCCAAAACAGACCCCACCUUCACUGGCUUCUCUAUGAACUUUGAGAUCCCCGCAUACCAAGGCCGCGUCUUCAUCAACGAGAGCACAGUACUUUGCCACGAGAAGCAGCGCCAGCAAACACAGUCCAGUGACAAGUACCCGCGCCUGCAAGCCGUGCCCGGCGGCUUCAUCGCGAUGCGCUACAUGGAAAACGGACACAUCACCAAGCCCAACAACCAGCUCGGCAAGCCCGAAAAGGCAGGCACCAUCUUCGUGUACGGCACGACGACCCCAGACGAAGACGAGCGCAUCGUCAACGUGCUGAAGUGGACGAAAGACGGGUCAGGCGGCGAUAAGCGCGGCACGCUGCUGGCGAUGAACGACUUCGACGACGGCCGCUGCUACGAGAAAAACGACUCCCCCGUCUCCCUGGAACGGCAGGCGUCGGACCCCAACUUCGCGCUUGGCCAGGUCAGCGACGGACCAGGCAACUACCCCCUCUUCUGCGAGACGGACGUCCAGCUCCCCGCCACAGCGCCGACAGGCAAGCCCUACACGUUUUACUGGGUGUGGCAGUGGAAUACCGCGCCGGACAAGGACCCCGGGCUGCCUGCUGGCAAGGACGAGUACUACACUACGUGCAUUGAUGUCGAUGUUACGUCGGGGGAUACGGCGCUCGCAGCGGACGCGGAGACGCAGUUCGACCUCGGCUCGCAGCAGGAUGCGAUGUCGGUUGCGGUGAAGGACUUUGCGUCGCGCACGGCGGUUAUGACGGACGCGAUGCAGGGCGAGGUUGGGCCGGUGUUUACCGGUACGCCAUCUGCGUCGGGCUCGGGCGGUGUGUCGGCCAUGCCUACGGUGUCUGCGAGUGUUGGUGCGCCGUUUGGGAAUGCGACGUCGACGUCGUUGGCUAUUCCUACGCUGUCCACUCGCCCUGGUGCAACGCUCUCGCCGUCAUUGUCGUUGUCGUUAUCAUCGGCAUUGACACCGUCACCGUCACCGUCAUCGGCUUUGACACCCUCACUCUCAUCGUCUCUCCCCAUGGCUACAAACGCCCCCGUCGUAACCCUAACCACCGUCCCCAUCGUAACCGUAACCGACAUCUACACCAUGACCGUCACGGCGCCAGCCGCACUCGCCCCCCGCUCAGUAGUCCACAGACACGGUGCGCGGUUUAGGGGUGUGUAUGCUUGAGUAGUUCUUUUUUCUUUCUGUUUUCUACCACUUUUCUGCUGCGUGGAGCGCUGUGCGCGUCUGCUAUGAGUUUGUGGAGGUUGUUUGUUUAUGAGUUUUCUAAACGGGAUGAGAUGGAUAUACCCCCUGCACUGCAUGGCACUGCAGUACAUUGCUUACAUGAUGGCGUUUAUGGGUUUUCGGGUUCGGGUUCAGCUGGGAAGAAAGGUAUACGAUGAUAUGAUGGCAUGACGAUACGCAUGCUAUGUCGAUAUAACAAAUGAAAUCACACUGGAUC